AUUGUAUCCGGGAGACCACUAGACCAGACCGUACUGAUUCCACUGAACUUAACUACUUGACUCUGUGGACUGGGCCCCCCCCUCUCUCUCUCUCUCUCUCUCUCCUUCUGUCAGUUAUUGUCCUGUUACAAGGUCCACCAGUAAAGUAUAUACUCACUCCCCCUGUCGCCAUGGCAGCGGUUACUCUUGAUCGUCAAGAGGGCCAGUUGGAGGGAUGGCUCACGGUGUAUAAGAGUAGGAAUCCAUUCAUGUUCUCCAAGCAAAAGCCUGAUAAGGUUCUGGAGAGGGCCUGGUGUGUCUUCCAUUCAAAGACUUCUAAAGGUCCUACUAUUAGUUUCUUUCAAGAUAAUCGUAAGGAGGUUCGGGUUCUUAAAAGAGACAAAGUUGAUCUUCUCAGUGUCAGAGAAAUCACAAAGAUAUUUGGACACCCGAAACAUGCCAACUGCUUCACUUUAAAGAACAAAGGGAAGAGGAACAGGUUCCUGUUUGACUGUGACAGCAAUAUUGAUCUUAAUAACUGGUUGCGUACACUCAGUGAUGCGUUGAGAUUAGAGUUCAGAUUAGAAAAGGUGAUAUGGGAGUUCCUGGACGAGACUGGUCUCUGGCAGGCUUUAUCAGACAGAGAGUCUUAUGAUAUUGAGGCCCAUUACUGUGACCAGCACAACCAGUUCCUCCUGGGGGACAGGGAGGACAAGAGAGUCCAUUAUAAUUUAGGACAGAUGCAGCGACUUCCUCCUAAACUGAAGCACACUCAACGACUGAAGAGGAGUCCUUUUAUAUGGGAACGACCUGAAGUACUUCAUCAGAAAAUGAAUGAUUUACCAGCAAUAUGGGAAUGGGGUGAUCCUUCUAAUGACGAAUGGCAUCCAUUUGAACGAGACACCAACAUUCAGAUUGAGGAUAUGUAUGAUUCCGGUUCUCAGUGGGCGGAGCUUAUCCUGUGCAUGCCGUCUCCAAUGCUGUUGCUACUGAACCUUCAAGACAUGAAACUGGUCAACUCCAAGACUCAAGUUAGGUACAGUUUGAGGAGGUUUGACAACACUGCUAACAUGAAGCAAGCUCCGUCAAUCUAUGGUACUGAUGGAGUUGAUCCUAGGAGCCCAUCACCUGAUGAUGACGAUAAAGGAUUCGAAAAUGUGAUAUCACCUGUCAGUCCUCUAUUCCAGCCGCUACAAAAUUUCUUACAACAUUUACAAGUUCCUCGCAAAAACAUAAACACGAGAGAACUGCUGGGAGAAGGAGCUUUUGGUGAAGUGUAUCUUGCUGAUGCUACUGGACUACCAGGGACCCAAGGGACUGUGGAAGUGGCUGUGAAACAAUUAAAAUUAAGUGAUUUCAUAGCGAGACAUGGCCAACACAGUCAACAGAUGGAGGACUUUCUGAGAGAAGCCAAAGAAAUGGCCAAAGUGGAUCAUCACAGAGUAGUCAAACUAAUAGCUGUUUGUACCCUUGAUUUCCCCUUGUUACUAAUUGAGGAGUACAUGAACCAAGGUGACCUGCUGGCAGUGUUAAAGGAAGGUAGACCCAGUAUGCCACUGGUACAGCAACUCUCCUUCUCAUGGCAGGUAGCUGAUGGAAUGAACUAUCUUGCCACUGACCUCCAAUGUGUCCAUCGUGAUUUAGCUGCUCGUAAUGUCAUGGUGCACAAAACUGAAUCUGGAGAAAUGUUAGCUAAAAUAGCUGACUUUGGACUCUCUAGACACUUGUAUUCUGAAAUGUACAAGCACCAAGGCAACAAGCCCCGCCCACUACCUGCUAAAUGGAUGGCGUUGGAAUCAUUAAUGUACUUCAUAUUUACAACCAAGUCUGACGUUUGGAGUUUUGGUGUGAUGUUAUGGGAGAUAAUGACACUGGGCCGUACCCCAUACCCAGGAGUGGAGAACAGGGAACUGCUGGAGCAGAUUGAGGAACACGGACUGAAGCUCAAUAAGCCAAAGGGAUGCCCUCAAUCAAUUUAUGAUAGCAUUUUGGACUGUACACAGCAUGAGCCUGACGACAGACCAACUUUUGGAGAACUAAAAUUUAAACUUUAUAAUUUGUAUGAAGAUGUGAAGGAGGGACGACUCCAAAGACCUUCUGAUUCAGAUGAAGAGACCACUCCAAAAACAGGAGCAAAGGAACUAUCAAAUAAACCAGAGGAGGAGGGAGAGAAAGCUGGAGAGAAGGAGGGAGAGGAGGAGGGAGAGGGAGGGAAAGCUGAAGAGAAGGAAGGAGGAGGAGAGAAGGAAGAGGAGGAACAAGAGAAUACUCAAGUUCCUGGAGUUGGUGAGAGGAGCAGCUGCCCUAAUGAAGAGGAGGUUCCAGCCUCAUUGGACAGGAUCAGUUUAGAAGAAAUCAAGAUUGAAGAAGAUAAAGGAGACACUGAAAAUGAACACGAACAUGUCUACUAUACGAUUGAGAAUGACACCAGUGUCAUUGAUACUAACACUGAUGUUAACACUGAUACUGAUCUUAACGCUGACACUAACACUGAUGCUACUGUUAAGACUGAUGUUGAUGCUAGCACUAAUUCUGAUAGCAAGACUGGUACUGAUAUUAACAUUAACACUGACACUGACACUACUGAUACAAACACUGAUACUGAUGCUAAACCUGAUCCUAAUGCUGAUACUGACACUAACACGGAAUCAAAUACAGAAGUAUUGCAGCCUCAUAAUGGAAAUGUUAGUUGAUUUGAUAUUAUUACUUUUAUUAUAAUAAUAAUAGUCCCUAUAGCUUUGGUGUUCUCUUUUUUGAAUGCAGAAUUUAUUAAUUUCA